AUUUGACCUGUUAGUGCUACUGGCAAGAACACGUAGCUAGCUAACAAAGCUCGAAAUGCAACAUCUCAAGGAAAAAGGUCCAUUUCUUCCCCCAGCGUCUCUGCGUCUUUUGGUUCCUCCGCUGCGGCUGGUGUCUGCAGCUCUAUGGCAGGUUGUUCAGCGGAGAGACGUCAUGGACUACGGCUUGGUGGAGGAGUUUGUCGUCACCGUGUUGGACGUAGUCCCAGAUCUGAUGAGUUACAGGGAGAAAGUCCAACUCAUCAUGGGUCUGAGAGCACAGCUGGUUCUGAAGUUGUUGUUCUCAGAACACCUCGCCGACUCUGACACCAUCCAGUCACACCUGAAUAGGAUGAAAACCUGUAGCAUCACUCAUAGGGACAACCAGAUUUGUGAUCCUGAGGUGGAGGCAUCAGAAUCCAACUUCCUGAAGCUGAUUAAAACGCUGCUGGAAGACCCAGUCGAGAGAGAACGCUUCUUUCAGAACGUUUUUCCAGAGGAAUUCGGCGCCAUGUAUCACGCCGCACUGCAGACGCUGCUGUGGGAGUUCCUCUCCAGACUGGAGAAGCUGCUUCCAACACCGACCCUUCACCAGACUGCAUCUUGGUUUCUACCUGACCCCUCUGUCCUGGAGGAGUGUGGGCAGUCUGUGCGUCACCCUCAACCUUUGAGGACCCUUCUCCAGUACCACACCAACCUUUCUCCAGACCCACAUGUUGAGGCCAAUGACAACCACAUCCUGUCUCCAUCUCCCCGAGAGUCAUCCACUGACCAAGCUGACCCAGAGAUCCAAUCAGAACCCAUACAGACAUUUAUGACCAUUCAAAGCCCUGCAUCAUAUUGCUGUGAGUCAGAAAUGACACCUUCGCUGGAUUACAGGGAGAGUCAACGAGGGAUAGAUUUAGACCGCACUGCAAAUGUCGACAUUUUGCCUUCGAAUGAAGAGGUGGAGUGUGUCAACAAGGAAAGUCUUGACAAAGAGAGUGAAAUGCAUCAAGCUUUUCUUCACCUUCGUGCUGACAGUGGGCCGAAAAUCCAACCAGGAGCUCACCGCUUCGAAAAGGAAGCGCAGGACGUUUCUAAUUUGUCUACGUCCUGUCGGCUCCGUCAGCCCACGGUGCUGCUGCACAGACUUCACAUUACUGAUACGCCGUCAACCGUGUCAGAGGUCAAUCCAACGCCGAGCAGAGAGACGCUUCAGAUUGACAAUGUGGAAACCCAAGGACGGAGAGGAGACCGGGUCGUAUCACAAAAGAGCGAGAGGAAUGUCGAAGUCGAGCCCUCAGAUAGCCCACCUCAGUAUUCUCUGAUCCCUGGCCCAUGCCGUACUAAGGGGCAGCCUAAAAGAAGCAAGCGUGUCAAAAAAUGCUCCUUGUGUGGGAAAACUUUCAGGGAAGCAAAGGAUUUGACAGUACACAUAACAUCUCACGCUGAGCAGAGGCCUCACCAGUACACCCUGUGUAGUAGACGAGACGUUGAACACCAUGAGGACUUGCAGAAGCAUCAUCAGAGUGUGUGUGAGGCGGCAGCUCAACCAGAAGAGGAUAACAUAUCUCUGUCUCCUCCGUCGAUGACAUCUCAGCCCCACGACACACUACCUCAGAGAAGGCACCUGACAACCCAACACGGUAAACCAAGACAGUCUUCCAAAGUCACCAAAUGCUCCGUGCGUGACGAGACCUUCAGUAAGGCAUCGCACGUGGGAAAGCACGUGAGAUACACACAUGGGAAGCUCCUGUGCCUCAACUGUGGGGAUGUUUUUGAGAACUCCACUUUGAGGAAACACAAAAAAGUGUGUUUGAAGACAAAGAAACGUCUCUCUUGCUCUCUGUGCGGAGACACCUUUGAUCUCUCUGAGCCAAACGAGCGUGAGGACGUGAACCCACAGCAACUUCCGAGGGAGGCUCUUCCAGAGGCCGGCGCUGUUUUGGCAGCAGUAGAAAAUUCGACAGAGAUACCUCAGCCCUCAAACACAACACCCCAAAACCCAACCACCUCCAAUGCUCUGCCCUUUCAGCUAGCUAAUCAUUACACAAAAUGCCUUUUAUGUAAAGAAGCUUUUGAUAACGGAGAAGACCUGAGAAGACAUCUGAGAUUUGAACAUGGUGUACUUCCCUACCUGUGUUUUAAAUGUGGGGAGAGUUUCCAAAGCGCCUCUGAUCGGAAGAAACACUCGGACCAGUGUUCCGGUCAAAACAUUCCAGAGUCCAGGAAGUGUCCCGGUUGCAGGACGAGGACUUCUCAAUAUAGACAGCAGCAGCAGCAGCAGGAAAUGACAAGUCAGGAAGUGAACCUUAAAAGACACCAGACAGCCUGGCCGCUACAUACAGGGAAAACAAGAUGGAGAUCCCACAGUCCAGCAGCACAGACGAAGCCGGUCGAGACCCGAAGAGAGAAGCGCUGUGACGAGACGGACUUCCAGACACAGCAAGACUUUAAUGAGGAAGUCAAUCCAAGCCAAACCCGAAGGGAGGUUGACCCAGCAGGUGGAGGCACAUCUCAGCCUUCAAGGGGGAACGGGAUAGAGACUCCCCAGCCCCACAGUACUGAAUCCCAGAACCCAACAACCUACGACGCUUCCCCCACUCUGCCCCCUGGUGUGAAUUUAGAUUCUAGAACAUGUCACGUGUGUUCCAAGAGUUUUCGUCGGAAACAAUCCCUGAUUUUGCAUCUGAGACGUCACGGUGAGGGGGCCAUUAAGUGUCCCAUAUGUUCACGGUGCUUUGGUCGCAACAGGGAUUUAAAGUUUCACCUGGCCAACAAAUCAGGGUGUGGGCCAACGCGUCGUAAUCUUACCGCCGUAAUCGUUCCCACAAAAGACACGCCGGUCUUCACUUGCCCCGAAUGUCUGCAACAGUUCACCAGCGAAAAGAAACUGAAAUCCCACAUGAGUGCGUUGGAAUCGCACGAGCGCGUGCACACGGACGAGCGGGCGUACUCUUGCACAGAUUGUGGGAAAACGUUUAAGCGUAAGG